CGGCAGUGUCGAACUUCCCCGGCGUCGGCGCGCGUCUUGUGCGUCAUUUCCGAGCGGCGGGGAACGGAUCGUCCACCGGCCUAGCUACCGGCAACAUGCCCAAGUUUUACUGUGACUACUGCGACACGUAUCUGACCCAUGACUCUCCAUCUGUGAGAAAGACACACUGCAGUGGUAGGAAACACAAAGAGAAUGUGAAAGACUACUAUCAGAAAUGGAUGGAAGAGCAGGCGCAGAGCCUGAUUGACAAAACAACGGCUGCAUUUCAGCAAGGAAAGAUACCUCCUACUCCAUUCUCUGCUCCUCCUCCUGCAGGGGCGAUGAUCCCACCUCCCCCGAGUCUGCCGGGUCCUCCUCGCCCUGGUAUGAUGCCUGCGCCCCAUAUGGGAGGUCCUCCCAUGAUGCCAAUGAUGGGCCCUCCUCCCCCUGGGAUGAUGCCAGUAGGACCUGCUCCUGGAAUGAGGCCACCCAUGGGAGGCCAUAUGCCAAUGAUGCCGGGGCCCCCAAUGAUGAGACCUCCUGCCCGUCCCAUGAUGGUGCCCACUCGCCCAGGAAUGACUCGGCCAGACAGAUAAAGAGAGCGGGGAGGCCUCCUGGCAGUUCUGUGUCACUUGCUCUGCUUCACCAGGAGAUCAUGGUGCUGUGACUCUGGGUGUUUUCUAACAGCAUGAAAAAGAUGAUUUGUUCCCCUUUCCUAUUAAAAAAGUAGUUUUGGAGGGCAGAAGUAGGGUUUUAAAAAGUGGAGUUUUCAUUUGUAUUGUGACAUGUGAAAAUAAAAUGGUCAACUCUUUUGGUUAAAAAAAAGUGUUCCCUUUUCUUCCCCUCUGUAUUCUUUGUUUAUUAUAAAAAGAUGAAACUUGCAGCUGUGUUUCUCCAACUCAUUCUGUUUUCAGCCUGUCUUCUGUGUGAGCUUCUUUGUCCUUAACAAGAGCGGGUACCUUUGGACACCCUGUCUUUGUUUGGUAAAGUUCUUGUGCGGGGAAUUCUGAUAAACCUGUCUAGUGGUCAUAGAGCUUUUGUUGGUUGGAAUAAUAAACAACAGUGAUUUUUCA